CGGGCUGUUAAGAGGCCCCCCAAAUAAAUUCGGACUCGGCCCAACCGAACCUCUCUUCGUCCAUCGACCAUCGUCCUCUGAGCUCCCGUUGACCAUCCACAGCUGCCCGCACCCCGCAAGCCAUCGCCUGCCCCAUUCCUCGGCUGCUUGACACCUCCCGUCGUUCUGCAUCGUUGUCUCUGACUACAAGCUGAGCUUAACACCCGCGCUACUGCGCUAGGCCUUUAGAUCCGCCCCGGGCCGAACAGACAUAUCUAAGUGGCGGCAUAGCUGAUCCUAUUCAUUGUUUCCAUGGAAAAUAACACCCAGAUUUAUCCUUGCCUCGUCACCUUUACGUAGCACGUCAAAGAGGGUUAAUGUAUCAACUGUGAGGAUCAUCAGAUGGAAGGAAGGAGAAUGAGGAGGCUCGGGAGAGGACAAAACAGUCAAACUGUUUUGCCCUUGAGUGUGGCUCGUAUUUCCAAUAUCAUAUCGUGCUGGUACUGCGACUUCAAGUUCUGUGUGUUGAAUGAACCUCUCUAUGUAUUUGGACGACGAUACUCUAGGUACUUGAGAUGUUGGUUUGCCAUGGGGGUUGGCUUUAGUUCUACAGCUUUGCUUGCAGUGACUCUGAUUCUUCUCUGGGAAUUAAGCAGAAUUCUGCACCCAUACAAUGAGGAGGGCCAAUUCAGCUCUCUUUUAAGUGGCUCCUUAUUUGGCAUUUCUUCUAAAGCUUUCAGGCUUGCCAUCUCACUUAAUGGCAUUGGAUACUUGUGUAUAUCUACGAUUAUAUCUGUAUCGGUUCACGAACUUGGGCAUGCUCUUGCUGCUGCAAGUGAGGGCAUACAAAUGGAGUACAUUGCUGUAUUUUUGGCAGUAAUAUUUCCAGGAGCUCUGGUGGCAUUUAAUCAUGAGACAUUGCAGGCAAUACCUAAAUCUGCUGCUCUUCGUAUAUACUGUGCUGGAAUUUGGCAUAAUGCAGGACUUUGUGUUUUUUGUGCCAUUUCAUUGUUCAUCCUACCAGUAAUCUUGUUUCCUGUUUACAUACACGGUGAAGGACUCAUGGUUUUACAUGUCGCCUCAAAAUCACCACUGUCUAGAUACCUGUCUCCAUAUGAUGUGAUCUAUUCUAUUGAUGGUACUCGCAUUAAUGAUGUCCAAGAGUGGCUUCAGAUCGGUAGUUUAAUAACUGAGCAGGAAUACCGAAGCAGUUACAGUGCCUAUAAAACCAGUAGCGCAAAAGGUUACUGUGUUCCUUAUUCGUUGCUUGAAAAGAGAAUUCAUGUUCAACUGAGAGGCAAUAAAACGAUUUGCCCAAAUGAUCUUAUAGACUUUGUAGCAGCACCAUGCCAGGAAUUGAGAUUGUCAGAAGAUUGGCACGUGGAAAAUAUCUAUUGCUUGUUUGCCAAGGAUAUUUUGGACUUCAAGAAAUGUGGAGAUGGUUGGGCAAAAGCUUCAAAAAAUAGAAGCAGCUGCUUGUGCACACAAGAAGAAUCUUGCGUUGCUCCAUUCCUAAUGCCUGGUGUUGCAUGGGUUGAGAUCACAUAUAUAAGGCCUUUUACGCCAGAAUGUCAGAAGUUUCUAAGAACUAGUUUUCUAGAAGAUACGAACUCUGAUAUUGGUGACAUAAGAUGCUCUGAAAGUUUUGUAUUUAUUGGUGAUAUGGCAUCAAUGCUGGGUUCAGUUCAUACAACUUCAUAUCAGCCUCGUUGGCCUACUAAAUUUGGUGCUCAUUUUCCAAGUGUACUGGAAAAGUUUUUGAUGUCUAUGUUUCAUGUCUCUCUCACACUUGCUCUUCUCAAUAGCUUGCCGGUAUAUUUUCUUGAUGGUGAAUUUAUUUUGGAGUUAACACUGCACUACUUAUGGUUCUUGAGCCCCAGAAAAAGAGGAGUAGCUCUUCAAUGUUGUCUACUUGGAGGGACUCUUAUUUCAACCCUACUCAUUUUCCGGAUGUUCCUUUUGCUAUAAGGUAUGGCCAUAAUGCAUCCAAUAUACAUCAGAACAGAGAUCAUAUCGCGUUUUUCAGUAGUACGUGUGUAACUAAGUUUGUAUUUAAAUAGCUCAAAUUACAUUUUUUAACUUUAAUGGAGGUGCAUGGGAACAUCCUAAUUUCACACAUCAUCUUAGUGGUUUGUGUUCCCACCUCUAUGGUCAGGCAGGAAAAGCUUUCACCACUUUGCCUGCAUAUAAUUUCUUAGUUUUAAACAUUCUAUACACUUGUGUGUUUCGUUUUACAUUGGAAAUCAGAUUCGGUUAAAAAUUUAAAAUUUUCACGUCAUAUUUCGUCCUACUUUGUUCAAUAAGUCAAUGACGCCCUACUACUUUAAAAUUAAUUAAUUAAACCCUCAAAAUUUGAAAAAAAUGUCAAUUGCUCAUUUCUGUCGGUAAACCUUCGGUUUUCCGAUUACCUACAUAUGCGGGUAUCCAUGUGGCUUUUAUUUUAAUGUUUUUCUAUUUUUUCAAUAAAUUUUAUCUUGAGCAAUCUUCCUCAACGACUGAUGGUGCCAUGGAUGCUGCCAAACUGCUCUCCUCCCUGCUACUCGUGAUUUCAAGAUCACGUUGUCAGGUAGCUCUCCCAUUUCGUCUUGGAUCUAUAUCUUUCAUCUCUCGUUGAAAGGCCUCGGGUUGUCGCUAUCUUGGACGGUGAAGCUGAUUUUGGACAGUGACCAUGGCUGAGAUGGGAAGUUCGAGAUGGAGACCUUGCCUGGCUUAUGGUGUUUCACUGGAAUCCUUUUGUGUUUUGGGUGCUCAUGUGUUUCCAAUACAAAAAAAAAGAUUUAAUUGAUUUUGUAAAGGAAUGGAUUAUGGACUUGAAGGCGUCUGUAAAUAGGUGAAGAAUUCUUCACCAAGAAAAAUACAAAGUUCUGCACCUGAAGGUGUUUGAGGAAAUUCCUCACCCAAGACAGUAACAUAAAAAAGAGUGUUUGAGGAAGCUUAUACAUAUCAUUUUAAUUUACAAAUCUGCUUGCAC